AUGUCCGACGGCCACUCUCAGCACACGGCUACCUCCAGCACGCGGCGUCGGCAGGAGGCCGACCGCGCCGCGGCAGAGGAGCGUGAACGAGUGGCCGCGGUAGCCGCGGCGGCCACAGCAAGGGCGUCGAGGCUGGCAGCAGCCAGAGCGGAGGUAGAAGCAGCAGAAGCAGCGGAGGCAGCACAUGCGGCGGCGGCGGAGGUCGAGGUGCUGCGCGGCAGCGCCAACAGCUCUGUUUCUGCUGAUGGCAGCGUCGAUGCAGCGACGCCACAGGCAGCGCAGCGGGCAGCGCAGUGGGCAGCCGAGCAUGCCCACGCACCUCGGGAUGGCGCUCCCAGAGGAGGCGCGCACGGCGGUGGCGGCUGGGAUGACCAAGACCACGGCCUCUACGGGGUCCGGACGGUGGUCAGGGAUGUUGGUCCCGGUGUUGGGUGGCCUACCCUCACCAAAACCAACUACGUCGAGUGGGCCGCGAUCAUGAAGAUCAGGCUCUAGGUGCCAAUCCACGACGGCGACGUCGACCAUCAUGAGGAUCGACGGGCGGUAGACGCCCUCAUCGCCGCAGUCCCGACCGAGAUGCAGUUCUCGCUCUCCCACAAGCAGACUGCCAAGGAGGCUUGGGACGCCAUCGCCGCGGCACGCAUCGGCAUCGACCGUGCUCGCAAGUCCACACUGCAGGCAUUUCGCAAGGAGUGGGAGAACCUAGCCUUCAAGCCAGGUGAGGACGUUGAUGAUUUUGCUCUCCGUCUUAACACUCUGCUGCAGAAGAUGGUGCAGUUGGGCGAUGACACCUACGACGAGGAGAGAGCUGUCGAGAAGCUCUUUCGUUGCGUCCCCGAGAAGUACAAGCAGAUGGCUCGCUCGAGUCCCUGCUAGACCUCUCCACCAUAACGAUCGAGGAGGCGAUAGGUCACCUCAAGGUCGUCGACACCGACGAGCCACAGUCUUCGUUAGGGCCCAUAACCACCGGCGGGAAGAUGCUCCUCACUCGGGAGCAGUGGGACACUGGCCACGGUGACAGGAAGAAGGGGGAGCCUUCUUCCUCGACAGGCGGCCGCAAGAGCGGCAGGCCACGCAAGGCAUGGAAGGAUGGCCAUGCCAAGGCGCAAGGUGAUGCCGGCAGAGGCGCCGCCGGCAAAGGACGACGCCUGCCACAACUGCGGCAAGCUUGGUCACUGGGCCAACGAGUGCCAACAGCCAAGACGUGGCCAGGUCCACGUCGCACAGGCGGGGGAGGAGGAGCCAGCUUUGUUCAUGGCGCAUGCCAGCAUCGAGCUAUCUCCAGCGGCACCAACCGCAUCGGCUCUCCACCGCACCACUCUCCUCCACCUUGACGAGCCGAAAGCACACGCCGUUCUCGGCGAUUGCUCCGGCAACGACAAGACUAGCAGAGAAAAGAGCAAUAUAGAACUAUGAUGAUUUUAACACGCAUCUUGCUACUUUGGAUGGAGCAGCGCACUUGGUCAAAUAUUGGUAUGCCCCAUUAUAUCUGUUGUUGCAUAAACUCUUAUCCAUUUACAACACUAUGGUCACCGUUGCAUAAAAACCAUAUCCGCCUUAUUUUGAAUUAGCUUUUCUUGCAGAUUUGGGAGAGAAUACAAAAUUAGCAACAUAGAUUUUUUUUUGAUUUUUCAAUGGACUCAAAAGGCAAGCAGAUAUGUACUUUGUCUAACAUGUAGUUACUUACCUAAUAGCUUAUUUUUCGCAGAAAAGCAGUGUUUCACAUAGUAUACAUAAAUCUUCAUCCCAUUUCCGCAAGACCCUGCAAACAAAUCAUGUGAGUUUCCGCUUUCCACCAUGGCUUUACCUGAAAGCUAAUUAAAACUUUGCACUGACUUAGAAAAUUCAAAUAGGUGAAUGGUAGGUGUACAAGUACUCAGCUGACCAGUUGUUCUAUUUGUCUACAUUAUAGGGGUAGUGUGAAGAAGCAUCAGUGGAUUUCCUCUUCUCCUCUUGCCCCUGUCUCCUCUUUACUACUCCAGAAAGUCUCAAAGCAUCCGUUUCCAAGCAGUAGGAGAGAGAGGCUGUUUUCAAGCAGUAGCAGAGAGAGAAACCUAGAUGUGUGGCUGCUUUCGGAUGACCAAAAUGGCGCCGCCCACCGGGAAGUCAAACGGCAGAGGAGGGAAAUCCUUCAUGACAAACCGGGGCCAGCUUCAUCUCUUUUUCCCCUUUAAAAUACACCUGCACCUAACAAACAGAGAAUAAAAUCAAAUAACAACCAAAAAGCAGAAACGCAAAAUAUAACUGGCGCUAGCCUAAUUGGACUGAGGACAUACAUAAUUUGUAGACAUGUGGAGUUGACCCGAUUAAGUUUGAAUCACUACCUCAUGCAAAAAAAAAAAAAAAAAAAAAAAAAAAAACUUUACAUCUUCUGCACACUGCAAGAAAAGUUACGCAAGUUAAAUUAUGACUCCGGUAAAGCAAAUUCUGCAUAAGCCACAUGGAAAUAUGUGUCAGUACCUCAACAUCAUUGGGGUAGAGAAACUUCAGUCCCUUGAGAUGUGCUCAGACAACAAUGUUCAUGACCUCUACCGUUCUCCUCACCAUCCACCCACCAGUCUGAUAACCCAAAACAAUGCUCAUUCCUUGAGACAUCAUC